AUUAUAAAAACACUUGCUAAAAAUGUCAAAAACAUCAUUCAAUACGUCGUCAGCAUAUUUAGAUAAAUAAAUGAUUCAAAUGGUCUAAAAUAUUCAUAAAGUGAUAAAAACGCUUUAAUUUUAUAUAAUGGAGGAAAACAAAUCCAUAUUACACGAGCUGUACGUGUAUUCCGAAUGGAAACCUGAGCCAGAAUACUUGCAAAAACCGGACAAUAUUUUGCCAGAAAAUAUAUCGGCACUUUGGCGAUGGCUCAAGUUUUUCGGCCCGAAAAAGAGCCUAAUCGAUAGUAUUACCGCUUUCAAAGAGCGCCAGCAGAAAUGGCACAUAGCUCUUGGGGAUGAGGGCAAGGUGAUUGCCGUGCUGACAGAUAAUAUACUUGAGAUACGGACCAAACGCUCCGAGUAUGCUACCAUUGCUGCAAGGACCACAGUGAAUCGGGAUGCUUACCCACAGUGGAGGAAGCUUGUGUGGAGUCCAGAUUGUUCCUUUGUGGUGCUGGCUUAUGGAAAUGGAGUUAUUAGCUUCUUUGACCUCACUGCCUCAAACCUCUUCAACAUUCCUAUUGAUUGCUCCAGGCCCGGUGGUUUAGAGUGCACAGAUAACACACACGCUGUUGCUGAUAUCAUCUUUAUGCCUCUUAGAGUAAAAAACAAUAAAUGGAACUGGGAGGUGCUAGUGGUGACGUACGACGGCAAGCUGCGCGGCUACCUGGUGUCGCAGACGGAGGGGUUCAAGCUGCAGCACGAGCGGCGCCUGCACGCGGGCGGCGUGGCGGCCGUGGCCUACUGCCAGCCGCACGGGACCCUCUACGUGUGCGGCCCGCCGUACGCCAACGCCAAGGAUACGUCAUCCCCGCUAAGCGCAGGCAUCACAGCGUGGCGCAUCCUGAACGACGAGCCGUGGUACAAGCUUUCCGUGGUCUCCGACGAGAUUGAAGCCAUGGCUACCGAGCGCUGGAGCUUGUAUAUACCCUUUGUGUCCAAUAAAAACUUGGCCUUCGUAGUCCACAUGGUGCUAUCCCCAGACGGCAGUAAGCUCGUCUGCCUACACUGCAACGGUGAGAUAUCCGUAUGGCGGCUGCCGCUACUAAAGUUCCUGUACCGCUGGCCUCUGACCUCACAGCCACAGCACGACCUGGACAACCCCCUAGUGAAGGACCAUAAACCUGCCAAUAAGGGCAAAGAUGUGACUAAAUAUUACGGUGCUGAUGUCAACUGGUGGAGUAAUGAGGAAAUUAUUCUAUCGAGAUUUAGUGGUGCUGUAACUGUUUGUGAUAUUAAAAACAUGAUGAAUAUUUUGGGGAAGAAGCCGGAGUUCUUUCAAGGGUCGCCACAGGUGACAUGUGCUCAUGAUGGAACCUUCAUGGCGUUGGAAUGUGAGUCAAAUAUUUUGCCAGCGAAACGCUCGAGAAGUGAUGACAGCAUGGAAGUGGUGAAGGUUGUAGAAUCCGACACUGACGACUCGAUGAUGGAACUGACGAAGGAGCUGGUCAAAUCAGUGUUGUACGCGAUCACCGACAUCGAGACUUUCCAGCCGAAGCCGAAGAAAAUUACCGUGGUCUCCAGGAUCUACCGGCUUCUGGGUGUCAAGAGCACCACGCCCAAUGAACUGUUCUCUAGGAAGAUUGAAAGCGGCAACUACAACGACGCUCUGGCGCUGGCCGACACGUUCAACCUGGACAGCGACUUGGUGUACCAACAGCAGUGGCGGAAGAACCCCGUCUCCACAGACGCUAUACAGAAGUAUUUGAGCAAGGUAUCCAAGAAAAUCUGGGCCGUUCAUCAGUGCGUGGACAGAUUACCAGAAACAUUGCCGGCGGCUAAGGAACUCUUGCAGUUUGGUCUCGAGCUUACCAACGAAAAGAUCCUGAACGAAAUCAACAAGGAUCGGCCGGAGGAUCAAGUCAAAGAUCCCGAUGACAUCACGCUAGAAGACCUGAACGCGUAUACCAGCGAGCUGCUGCGGUGUCGCCAUGUCAUGUUGUUCUAUAAGGAGCGGCUGCGACUUUACGAGGCAAUUUUAAGAUGCGAGAAAUCGACUUACCAAAAGGACGAGUACGACCGGCUACGCAGCAACAGCAUCGUCCAUAGCUCUAUGGAGAUAGCCAAGGAAGGUCGCAUUGAAGCCCUCACUUGCCUCUGGCCUAAUAUCAAAACCACUUCAAUGCAACUCGCAGUGCUUGCGAAGUUACCAGAAACGCUAUAUCCUCUAGAUUAUCAGCACCUAUUGCCUACGAAAGAACCCAUGCUGUGGUUCGAGAAGAAAUCCCCGAUUAAGAUCAAGCCAUCGGAGAAUGAGAACGAUUGGUGCAGGAAAGAGAUAUUCAGGUCAAUCUGGAGUUCCAACUGGUCCGAAGACACGACUCCAGAGACAGAACAAGCGGCCGAUAUUUCAGCCAACGACGACAUACCGAAGUGGUACGAGAACCGUGCGAGAGAGAUAGAAGAACGGAGCGGCCUAGUCUCUCACUCACUCGCCCUCAUCACCAUCGCAACCGUCGGGGGAGGGGUCGAGGGUCUUGAUGAGAUGAUGUUCCAUCUGUUGACUUUGGAUACUCUGGUCUAUGAUAUCAAUGUUGAAGGGGUCACCUUCAAAGAGCUGGAGAAACUAUCGACCUUGGAGACUUGCUGUUUGUUGAUGAAAAUGUCCACACCAACAACGUUCGUGUCUGAUCUGAAGCAGUACGUCAUUCCGUUCCUUAAAAGAUACGAGAUCUUGACCAAGCGAACCGAUGCUUGUUUGAUUGGGCUUACCGACUACCUUGAGAGCAUCAGUGUCGACGAUCUGUCUUACAUUUUGUUGGUUCUCCAAUCACCAAGUGAGUUCGAGUUGGACGUGCGAACUCACCUGGAGUUGGCCGAGAGAUGUCUCUUCGCUCACACGGGCACCGACCAGCUCGACAUGGCGUGUGAUCUGCUCGACACCAUAUUGAAGGAAAGUGACGGCAGCAUAUCCGGCAGCGAGCUGGUCCGCCGCGUCUCAGAACUGGAGCGCCUGGUGUCGGCCAGCUCGCGCGUGUCGUGGCGCGGAGUGCGCGUGCCGCCGCGCGAGCUGCGGGACAUGCACAAGCACAACAAGCAGGCACAGAACCUCCUCACGCGCCUCGCUAGGAGUCUGGCCACUGGAGACGAGAAACCGACUCAACAAGAUUGGGAGAAAUUACUAAAGGAUAUUCUUGAGUUGCAAGCCACGUUAUUCACCUGCAUUUCCAAAGAACAGUGUUACGAGAUCUACGCGUCAUCCCUCUUGACAUCAGGUGACGCGUCGAGCAUCAAGCUAGCAGCGGAGGUGCUGACCUGCGAGGCGGACACACGCCGAGUGUCGCACCUAGUCAACUACAGGCGCAGUGUGGACCUCGUUUCCAACGCUGCCAAGGAGUACUUUAACUCUGCCUCGUCGCUUACUGACCCCGCUUUGGAACUUGCCAGGUGCUGUUUGACUUUGAUCAAAGAUGGCAACCCGGAGAUUCAACAAGAACUCGAUCUUAUAGCGGCUCUUCAGAUAUUGAGCGCUUUUGAUCUGGGAAUUCUUCCUAUUCAAGUACGACUCUGUGAGGAUAGAAUGACGCUGAUCGAAGACUGUCUGAAAUUGGAUCCAAAUGCUUAUCUAGCCAGUCACAAAUUGUUGAAACUGGCAAAACUGUUGAGGAUCGCUGGCGAUGAUGAAAACGCCAGACAGGGCGCGGUGCUGCAGCUGGUGGGCGAGCGCGCGGUGGCGGCGGGCCCCGCGGGCGGCGCGGCGGCGGCCGAGGCGGCGCGGCGGCUGGCGGCGGCGCGCCACGCGGCCGCCGCGCCGCUGCUGGCGCACGUGGCCACGCACGCGCAUGCGCACGCCGACCGCGCCGCCAGGCGGGACCUCUUCGCCGCCGCCGCCACGCACUGCCACGCCGGCAGCAUCGAGGACAUACUGCGGGCGAGAUUGGGCCUAGAACUGGAAGGUCUUCAGCAAAUGGGCGCGGCCUUGAAAGAGCACAGCCAUCUGACUGAGCGUUGGCCCUCCACAGAUGAUGAGUUUGCUGAUGCUAUUACUACGCCUGUUAUAGAAAAGAAGGAUUUGGUGGCACCCGCGAGGUCUGAGAAGAAAGUACCGCUUCUCAACUACUUACUGGACACAUUCCAAAACAAGUUCUCAGCUAGUGAGAAAGCAUCAACAAUAGACGCGUCAGACAAAUCCGUCCACUGCCAAGAGUUCUACCGCUCUCUAUAUCCGUCCCACUCUGUGUCGGACAUCCACUACCGCUAUGACACGUUCUCUUUACCCAACGCGGACGACGGAACGUCGCGCCGCGGACAAGCGGUGCUCAAGUGGUUCUACAUACAGAACUCUGUCGACAACGCCGGGAACACAGAGCUUGAAGCUGAAGUCGUCCAGAAAUGCGCUGAAGAGCUGAUCUACAAGGACACCCCGCUGGGCGUGGCGUGCCUGCUGCGGUCCACGCAACACUUCGCGCAUACCAGGAAGCUCAUAGACAGCCACCACACGGACACGCUCGUCAGUGCAGCCUUGUACGCUACUCUCAUGAAGUGCAACGCGCCCGACCUCAGGGACAACGUGUACCUUUGCGCGCCUUCCAAGAUGGCAAGAACGACCCUGAAACAGAAGAACGCGUCAGAGGAGCAACUGGAAAUCAUCCGGCAAUGCAUAGACAAGUUGACCGGAAUGGGCGAGGUGGACAAGCUGAAGCAACACGGGUUUAAUGUCAACGGUCUACUGUUCAACGCCGACGAGGACUAUAGGAGGGAGAUGAUCUAUAGAGUCGCUAGAUCACCAAAUAAAGAGCAUAUGGAGCUGGCGUGCUCGCUGGCCGGCAAGUACCAGCUGGACGCGCUGGAGGUGUGGCUGCAGCAUGCCGACAGCGACCUCAGCCUGGCGCACCUCACGACGGACACGCUGCCCGCGGCUGGACCCACCACACACGCUAGGAUCAGAGAGCACCUCUGGCCGCAGCUGCGAGGCGACAACCACAACGCGCUGAUCAACUUCUUCACGCUUCUGAAGAACAUUGACGAGAAGCAGCUGGUAGCCGGCCUCACCGCCGCCGACCACAUCAAGCUGCUGAAGAAGGCCAAAGCUGCUUCGCAGGAUCUGGACUACAAGCUCCUGCUGGAGCAGCCGUCAGCCGAGCAGUUCUCCGCGCACAUCCUGUCCAUCAUCAAGCCGGAGAACGUGGGGCUGCUCACCAAACUGCUGCGAUCCCUGCCGCCCGCGUUCAAGAUACCAGUCUCCGUCAACCACAUAUACACCAUGUGGCUGACCAAGUACUUCUUCAGUGUACCAGCGGCAGGUGCCAGCAACAAAAAAUGGAUGCAGCAAUACCGGCAGUGCUGCAGCUACUUCAACAAGCUGGGCAAGGAUGACCUUCUGCAGCUGGUCGCCAACACCUGCUUCACGAGGGAGGCUCAUACACGUGUACCCGCCGGAACUCGCCAACUCAUGAUAAUGCAGGCGGUUGAUUAUUGUCAACAAGAACAAGAGAAUGACUUCAAAUUCAAUAAAAAUGAACAAACAUGGGCUCAAGUCGGGCAGGAGCUGACCCGCUGGGCUCGCUUCCUGGAGAAUUUCCACUCUACCACCAUACAGGGCAUCAUUGAGAACAGCCACGCCAAGGAGGAGAUAUGGUCAGAAAUAGAACAAAGCCACGGCGACACGGACAAGCUGGUCGACGCCUUGAGUCGGCUGGUGCUCGAAGCGGAGCUGCGCCCCGCGGCGCUGUCCACCCUGCUACAGUGCUUGCACGUGCAGGCGACGCCGCAGAGGAUCUUCCAGCACAUCGUGGACACCAGAGUCAAUAGCGCAGACGACAUCCAAACCCUUGUCUCCCGUCUAACUCAAUACAACAAGGAAGGCGUCAAGUUCCCAGACGAGUUGUUAGACCAAGUGAUGCAGAAGGCCACGGAGCACGGUCUACCGCCGCACAAGCAGAUCACACUGCUGUCGCUCAGCCAGCGCACUGUGGUGCAACACAGCGGAGACUUGCUCAAGAUAGCGCAGUUUACCCUGGACUUGUUACGCACCGAAUGGCCAGAUUUGGAGUACGCUAAGGAGUUGACUGAGGACGCACUUUUGGAGGAUGCCGGUCGUCGUGAGGUGCUCUCCCGGUUCAUGGCGUUGUGUGACACCUGGCAGCGGAAGAAGGCUCUCGUCGACGUCCUCGUCUGUUGGCCGCCCACUAGAGACGGUGGUAAGCAGAGUCUCCACUGCGAGUACCUGCACUCGCUGCUGACCAGCGCCGGCGACGCCAAGGAGAGCUUGGUGCGCAUCAAGUUACUGCUGCGGCGACCCGUGCUCGUUGAGGAGGAAGUGAAAUUCUUGACGGAGAGUGCUUCGGGCGACGCGGUCGUGAACGCCAUUUGGAUCGUCCUCCUGAACAACUGCGAACAGGCCAAGAAUGAUAUUCUCAAGUUGGUGCAGCAACAUAAGGAAACGAUCCAGAAGCAAGAGUUGGACGACGAUUUAAUCAAGGAGCUACUCGACCACGGGAUGUUCUUAAAACUAGUCUCGACCCCUAUAUACUCAUCUAUAAUCAACUAUAUUAUUAGCCGAGAUCCCUCUAGCGGCGAGCCGACCACAGAGUACACAAUACAGUGGGCCACGGAUGAACUGGUUAAGGCAAACUAUAUCGCCGAGGCUGGUCACCUGCGCCUAGUAGCAAUGGGCGUCCCCGCAGCGCUUAGAGGCUUCUCCCAAUCGGUUCUAUAUGCCAAAAACAUGUUUAACUAAGUAGUGCUGUUUAUCAAUGUUUAAUAGUGAUAUUAUAACCCACAUAAGUUAUUAAAUUAUUCACUCAAUAGUC